AUGGACAAGGCAUGGAUGAGUAUUGAAGAUAGAUUUAUGUCUAACGAGUAUGCAAUGGGGGUUAGCCAUUUCAUGAAUAUGGCUAAGGAGCAUGCACAAGGGGGCAUUGACAUUAGGUGUCCGUGCCGUAGAUGUCGCAACAUGCUCUUCCAACCAAUAACCACAAUUGAGGAGCAUUUAUUUAUUAUAGGGAUUGAUCCUUCUUAUAAGGAUUGGAUUUUUCACGGUGAAGAGGAAGUGUUGGAUGUUAAUUCAUCAGAAGAAGGUGAUGAUGCCAACGGAAAUGAUGCCUAUAUUGAUGAUAUGGAUGAGCUGCUGGAUGACAUUCAGGUUGGAGCUUCUAUGGAUCAGUCCGGAGGUUCUCAAAUACCUGGUAUUGAUGGUGUCACACCUGGUGGUUCUUCAGCAACCUUUUCAGAAUUGUUAGAAGAUGCACGGAGUCCACUUUAUCCAUCAUGCUUGACAUUUUCAAAACUUUCUUUUAUCGUAAAGUUGCUUCAUAUGAAGACAGUUGGUGGUUGGAGUGUUAAAUCCUUUAACAUGGUCAUCAAGCUCCUAAAAUCUGCAUUUCCUGACGCUCUUCUUCUUGACUCAUACAAUGAUGCAUGCCGAUUGGAACGUGGCCUCGGGUUUAAUUACACAAAGAUAGAUGCUUGUUUGAAUGAUUGUGUCUUAUUUUGGAAGGAACAUUCUGAUAAAGAGAAGUGCCCAAAAUGCAACACUUCGAGAUGGGUGUUAAGUAGUACUAAGCAAAAGAAAAUUCCACACAAAGUGCUCAGACAUUUCCCGUUGGUCCCAAGGCUGCAAAGACUAUUUGUUUCUAAUAAGACUGCCGAGGCAAUGAGAUGGCAUGCUACUGAAUGCGUCAACGAUUAUAAUGUGAUGAGGCACCCUGCAGAUUCGAAGGUAUGGAAAGAUUUUGACAUGCAGUACCCUCAGUUUGCUUCAGAUCCUCGUAAUGUGAGAAUUGGGUUAGCGAGUGAUGGGUUUAAUCCAUUUAACAAUAUAGCUAAACCCUACAGUAUAUGGCCAGUGAUUCUUGUAGCAUAUAACUUGCCCCCUUGGUUAUGGAUGAAAGAUCCAUACCUCAUGCUUUCGUUGCUAAUUCUUGGCCCAAAAGCACCAGGCAACAAUAUCGAUGUGUAUCUACGCCCUUUAAUUGAAGAACUGAAGUUUCUAUGGGAAGUGGGUGUCAAUACAUACGAUGUAUUUGCAUUACAAUCAUUUCGAUUACAUGUAGCAUUACUCUGGACCAUUAAUGACUUCCCAGCAUAUGCUAAUCUUUCUGGGUGGAGCACAAAGGGGAAGAUGGCAUGUCCUACAUGUAAUGGUAGUACGGAUUCAUUGUGGUUGGUCCAUGGGCGAAAGCACUGCUACAUGGGUCAUCGGUGGUGGUUGUUGCCAGGGUACAGGUGGAGAUCUAAAAAAGUUGAAUUUAAUGGUAGUACUGACCAUCGACAAGCACCUAUACAUUUGUCGGGAGAGGCUAUCUUGGAACAAUUGAGAGAAUUGCAAGAUGAACAGUUUGGUAAGUUAUCAAAAAAGAGGAAACGCACGGCCAAUGAGUUGAAUUGGACAAAAAAAAGUGUAUUCUUUGAAUUGCCUUAUUGGAAAUCCUUGGAAUUGAGGCAUAACUGA